UGAAAUAAUCAGGGAAUUAGUAGCUGGUUGGACGAAGAAGGGUGGUUGGUCGAUCACAUGUACUUUCAUGCGUGAUUGAGAGUUAAUUGACUAGUAACUUGAAAUUGUGGAGAAAGACUUUCUUAUUGCUGUGAAACCGGUUGUCCAAGUAAUUCAUCAUGUCAGAAACGCGGAAGAACCAUCAUAACAUCGAUGGAGGACAAGUGAAAGAGGAUGACCACGUCGCUUCCUACAAGCCUAUUCCGGAGUCAGAUGCAGGGUUCCGCACGUCCAAGUCGAGCCUCAGCAAGUCCAAGGAGAAGGUAGAUGAGGCGGAGGAGCGCCUGCUGAAGAGUGAGCUCGCUGAGAAGAUUGUCUGCGUUGACAUGGCGGAUGCCAAAUACGUCGUCGGCGACCACAGGAACGGCGAUGCAAAAAUCGAGCUCGACGCCAAUAAGCGGCAAUACUCCGGCCUGACCAAAGAGGAGCUGCUGAAGUAUGCAGACGACCCGUUCUGGGUGCGCUUGCGCUGGUUCAUGUUCGUGCUGUUCUGGGCUCUCUGGCUUUCCAUGCUGGUCGGGGCUAUUGCCAUCAUCAUCCGCGCGCCAAAGUGCUCCCCACCGCCGCCCAAGAAGUGGUUCGAGAAAGGCCCCAUCGUUGACUUGACCCCCAUAGACACCCUGGUCGAGGUCGAAGCAUUACUGCCCCUUCUGAAGAGCAACAAGGUUCAGGGUGCCUUCGUGGAUGCGGUGCCCACGUACGAGGUCCUGGAGAAACCGGAGCUGGCCGUCCCGAUCAAACAGUUUGUGGAGAAUGCCAAGAGCUACGGCGUCAAGAUCAUAGUGGAUCUAAUUCCGAACUUCGUGUUCAACACGUCCAGCUGGUUCCAACUGAGCGCUAACCGCUCGGCCGAGUAUGAAGACUAUUUCAUCUGGAAGAAACCCACCGAGUAUGACAGCGCUGGAAAUGCCAAACCGCCUAACUCGUGGGUGUCAACAUUGAACGAGCCGGCGUGGACUCUGCACCCGGAGCGCAAGGAGUUCUACCUGCACCAGUACGGCGCACACCAGCCCGACCUCAACUUCAGAAACGCUGCCGUUAAGAAACACUUCGACGAUGUUCUACAGACCUAUGUCAAUGCGGGCGUCGAUGGCGUCAGACUGGUGAACGCGCGUCAGGUGCUAGUGAACUCCAGCCUCCACGAGGAAGAGAAGGAGACGUCCCACUCGUCUCUCGGCGCCACCCACGACUCGUACGCGUUCUGGCGACACCAGCACACGCGCGACCAGCCGGAGCUGGACCAGCUGCUGGCGCACUGGGCGGCCAUCGUGAACCCUGAUGCUACUGUGGAACGCGUGUUCACGCUCCACGAGCCGUCCCGGCCGGAGCUGUUCCUGCUGCGGGCCGGCGCGGCGCUGGCGCCGCCCAGCGCCGCGCCCGUGCGUCUGCGGCCGCGCGCGGCGCCCGCCGCCGCGCUCCUCAUCAACAAAUAUCUCAACGCCACGUGGAACGCCCUACAGUUGAAGGCGGACGCUAAGGUAGAACUGGCGGAGUUCGCGUUACUGCUGCCCGCCGCGCCGGUCAUUGACCUCACUCAGCUCGACGAAGAGGACAACACUACCACGACGGGUCACCUCUCGCACUUGGUGCCCCUGCGCGAGGACGCCAGCAUCCAGCACGGCCACAGCACCGUGGUGGCCGUCAACUCCACCACUGGGGUCAAACUGCUUGCCGUGGCCAGAUGGAAGCCAGGCCAUACUGGGUACAUGGCGGUCCUGAACCCCUCCGAGGAGGCUGCGGAGGCCAACGUGGCUCUGGCGUCAGUCCCCCCCACGCUCACAGUACAUCACAUCACUGCAGGCGCCGCGGCCGCCAACUACACGAAUCACAUGUCAGUGAGCCGCGAGCAGCUGCUGGUCCCGGCGCAGUCGACCGUGGUGCUGUCGUACGUGCCCGAGGCGCCGGCGCAGUAGACCCGACACACACAACAUGUCAGCUUGAGCACGCGCACUGUAGCGCGGAUUAUUUUGCAUUCCUUUUUUGUAUGAUUACGUAAUAAAUAUGUGUGCAGCAUA